AUGGACCAGGCUCGACCUCCUGCAGUGCAGGUGGUCAUCAACGGCCAUGGGCAGCCUCAAGCGUAUCCCCAUGGAGGCCCAAACGGCGCUCAACAGCGCCAUAUGAGGCCUCUGUCAGUUGAUGAAGCGUUACAAUAUUCUCCCAUGACGAGUGCUCCUAUCUUUGGCUUAGAUUCGAUACUCCGCCCUGACGUUGGCGGCCCAUCAUCCACCGGUUCGAUCGGAUAUUCUCGACGAGCAGGACGUAAUCUCCUUAAUGACCUCGACAAUGAGACUCGCUUGGGCCUAGAGAAGUCCACCCAACUGAGCACGGCUCAGGAAUACCUCCAACAAUUGCUUGACGGUGAUCAGUUGACGGAAUUUAAAUUCACCCUUCCGGCUGGUACAAAGAGUUUCGACAGCUCGUCCGCCUCCGCUGCUGACGGUGCGCGUGGGAUUCGUGGUAAACUGGGUCCGUUCGCCAACAUGGUUCUGGACGCAACAGACAUAGCAUUUCGCUAUCCGACUCCCAGUACACCGGGCCCGAAAACAACCGCUGGCGUGCAGAAUCAAACGUUCCUUCCCACACCGAUUUCGUCGACGAAGCCCGUAUCUUCUUCGAAAGGGGGUAUUCCUCCCGACCAGUCGUCAAAUGCUCUUUACAAACAGCCUCACGAAAAGUUCCCACAGCCCUCUGUUAUUAUCCCCCCACUCUCUCAGCAGGCUGAAGACGAGCCACUUGAUGGCCAAGGGUCGGCCAAGAGAAGGAAGCUGAACACUGAUGGCGAGAACUCUGUUCCGAGUUUCCGGUUGAAAGACCAGAAGGAGGAAGCGGACGCUGCUGUACUGAAAUUACAAGAUCUUCUACAUGAGAUUUUCGAAGCAGAAGAUCGACUCGAACCAGAUACCUCGUCAAUGGCAGUCGUUCAAGAAUCGAAUGCAAUAUUCAGAGUCGCCAAUGCCCUAGAAGUACACGGUCCUAUUCUUGGCCCCGAAAGCCACAGUCGCCUCCAAAAGUCCAUACAAAAAGUGGCGGGCUUUGAGAGACUGCAUGAUAUCCCCUCGGAGUACUUGGCUCGGAUCCAGAAGCUUUGUGAGGGGCCCGUAUUAGCCGCACAGGCGCUGGAUCUGAAACUGGACGAUGCUUCAAAUGAUACGGAGACGCAAGAUUGGCUGCGGAAGCUGGAUGAUAUGCACAAUGCUCUCUUGGCAAUUGGAACGCUUCUCCACACCAUGUCUGGUCGACGGAGUGAGAAAGAGCUAUGUCCUGAAGAUCUCAUACAGGCUGUGCCGAAUGUUCUAAAUCAGGCAUUCGACCACUGCAUCAUUCCUGCCGUUGAAGCCCGGCCCUCGGAUAAGGAAUCCCGGCUUUUCGAGUUCGUGGCUCGAGAAAAGAAAAUCGUCGGCAGCCUAACUCAUCAGGCAAGGAAGUUGCUCGCUCUUUUGGCCAACUUCCUCUCUCACAUUGACGUGUCUGAGGGAGUCAUCACUGCAACAGAAUUCCUCGCGACGAAGUUGAUUUUCGUGGAAAACGCCUAUAAUGACAGGGAAUCUGCCAUCGGUUAUCAGAAAUACGAAUCUGUUCGGCGCGCAUCAAUGGAUGUGCUUGCUAAAAUCUUCUCAAAAUAUCCUCCCCAACGCCCGUAUAUUCUGGAUGAGAUCCUUGUCUCUUUAGAGAAACUUCCGUCUACUCGGCAGAACGCAAGACAAUUCAAACUCAUCGACGGAAAGAACAUCCAGCUUCUAACCGCAUUGGUGAUGCAACUUGUUCAGACUACGGCCCUAGAGACACCUAGGUCUAGAAAGUCCAAGGCCAAGCGCCGACUUCCAAUUCUGGGAGACGACGAGGACGACGAACUAGUUGGUGACAACAAGGAUCAGGAGCAGAGUGAUUCCGAAGAUGACAUGCUUGGCUCCAAGGUGUCACUGGAACGCCUUGCGAACCGGGUAGACAAGCUGUAUGACAAUGCAGUUCGCAGCGCUCAAUACAUCGUCAAAUUUAUUGUUCAACGUGCAAUGACCUCGACAAAAACCGGUGACCAGCCUUACCGGAAUCUUCUAGAUCUCUUCACCGAAGAUUUGAUAAAUGUCCUAGGCUCUACUGAUUGGCCAGCAGCCGAACUGUUGUUGCGGAUUCUCGCCUCACACAUGGUAGGAAUUGCGGAACUCGACAAGAGCCCUGCGACUGCAAAGAAUAUGGCUCUUGAAUUGUUAGGUUGGAUGGGUUCUGGUAUCUCCGAUCUCACUGCAGCUGCUCAGCAUCUAGUCCCUGCUCUUGAUGAAGCGGAUACUGGCCUUUCCGAGUAUCUUCGUCAAUUGUUCGACGACCACUCGAGACGUGCCUUGCAUGUCCAAGAUCUGGUCGUUGCUGAUGGCCCAUAUCGGAUUGCGCUGGAAUAUCUGCAGGAUCGGGAUGUAGAUAACUGGCAGCUUACUAGCGCACGAGGCUACUACACCGUGCAAUGGGCGAAACUCAUCUGCUCUACUUAUUACGACUCCGAUGAAAAACAUGAAGUCCAAGGUCAUGGAAUCGAUGAGUUGCUUUCUAUUAUCCCUAAGCUACUGUCCGAUUCGAAGUGGUUGGAGACUAAUAGGUACGUGCUUGUGGAGUUUGCAUUGGGGACCUUGCUAACACCUCGCAGUCGUUUCAAUAACGUCUCCAACACUCACGGGAAAUUUGCUUACAUGUUAACAGUACUGAAUAUGGGAUUUUGCAAGGCUUUCGAUACCAUCAUCAAGGUUCUUCUGAACUCUAUCACUAGUGAUCAAGCCAAGGUACGGAGUCGUAGUUUGAAGAGCGUGAUUACCAUGCUCGAAAAAGAUCCAAGUCUUCUCGAUCGAGACUCUUCCGUGAUGCGAGUGAUUCUCAGAUGUGCGACUGAUGCUUCACCCAUGGUCCGUGAUUCUGCGCUUUCUUUGAUCGCGAAAUGCAUCGCUUUGAAGCCGGGACUAGAGGAGGAAGGAUGUCGAGCAAUACUGACCUGCGCUGCCGAUCCCACCGCUGGUGUUAGAAAGCGUUGUAUUGCGCUGUUGAAGGAUAUCUAUUUGAAGACUACGCGGAAGGACCUCAAGCUGGCUAUCUUGGAUAGUCUUCUUCAGCGAACUAGUGACUACGAAGAAGGUGUGGCAGUACUGGCUCGCCAAACCUUUGAAGAAAUAUGGCUCGCUCCCUUCCACGGUUCCAUCGACUCUCUCCAGGAAGACACGAAGUCUAAGGUUGCUCUCGCAGAGCAAGUGUCUCUCAUUGUCAAUCUGAUCCAAAGGAGUGAAACCGCUGUCGAAAGCCUGGGAAGUUUUCUUAAGAAAAUACUCGCCGAUGCUCCAAAGUCAAUGUCCUCAAACUUCAAGGUUUGCAAAGCGAUGGUUGCCAACAUGUUCGAAAGAGUGGUUGACGAUUCCGAGUCUCCUGAAAAACUCAAUCAACAAGCUCUUCUGCAGACCAUGACAGUGUUUGCAAAGGCGAAUGCGAGGCUUUUCAGCCCGGACCAGCUUAAGACUCUCCACCCUUAUAUCGGACAUUUGGUCACAGGAGAAGAUCUCUUUAUCUUCCGUUCAGUUGUUGUGAUCUAUCGCUGCGUUCUUCCUUAUAUUUCUUCGGCACACAACACGCUUCUCAAAGAAGUGCAGAACGACCUCUUCAAGAGUGUGGCAAAGCUCGCCAGAGCUGAGCUGAACGAGGUUAUGGCCUGCCUUUGGACGAUAAACGGGGUUUUACAAAAUACAGAAAGAUUGGUAAAGCUUACAAUAUCCGUGCUGAAGGGCAUAAAUCAGGCUAGGGGUGUCAAUCUCUCAGACAGCAGCAAGACCGACGUUUUGGGACGUGCUCGGAGUUACGUGCGAAUUGCUGGCUGCGUAGGGCGACACUGUGACUUGGAGAAGUUCGAACCACACUUCAAAAAUGCCUUCCCUUCUUGGAAAGGGGGCUCAGUUGCAGGUUUACUCGUGGACUCUAUACUCCCUUUCACUUAUCAAAACCAGCCUCUUGAACUGAGAACCAUGGCUCUUGAGAGUCUCGGCGCUAUCUGCCAGUCGUGGCCUGCGCAAUUCAGCCGAGAAGAGCCAAGACAAGUAUUGUCAUCCGUAUUCAAGGAGGAUAAUGCAAACUUGCAGAAUAUUGUCCUCCGAGCAUUUUCCGAUUUCUUUGCCAUCCAUGAAGGGAAAUCGGAGAAACUAGUUCAGCCGUCAGCUGACUCUGCUGAACCAGAAACCACCACUAGGUUUGGAGGAUCAUUAAAAGCCAGCGACAAUGAUGGCGCCGCAGCCCUGAUUGCCCAACAUUUCCUCCAAGACAUGCUUCGAGUGGCCCAGUCGAGGCAAGAUUCAUACGCUCUUACUGCUAUUGAACUCAUUGCCAGUAUCAACCGCCAAGGCCUCGUCCAUCCAAAGGAGUGUGCCGGUGUCCUGGUCUCACUUGAGACUUCGACUGUUCCAGCAAUAGCUAAGGUUGCAUUUGAGACGCAUAAGAUGCUCCAUCAACAGUAUGAAUCCAUGUUCGAACGAGAGUACAUGCGAGCCAUCCAAGAUGCUUUCUAUUAUCAACGAGACGUGGUGGGCGACUCGAGCGGUGCAUUUGCACGUCCGUAUACUGCCAAGCUCGCACCGUUGUUUGAGAUUGUGAAGACCAGCAACAGCAGAUAUCAGAAGAAAUUUCUCUUCAACCUGUGUUCGAAAGUGAACUUUGAGUUGAAGGAUCUCGACACAUCGGGAAACCCGCCGGAGCACCUCCUCCUGGCCAGAUUCAUAUCUCAGAACCUGGCCUUUUUCGACUACGGUCAGCUGGCUGAACUUAUUCCUACGAUUGCGUGUAUGGAGCGUAUUGUGGCUUCAACCGGUACUAUCGUGGCUCAUGCGAUCGAGACGGAAGUAUUCCCGACCAAUAUCGAGCCUGUCAAAAACGAGGGGGAGAACGUCACUCAACCCGCUAUCGAUGUUCCGACGGACACUGCACCGGUGCAGACGGUAAACCCUCAUACCCUUCGACAACUAGCUACUGCAGCCGCUAUUCUGUCGAUGCUAUGGGAAGCUCGAUCACAUCUGCGACGGUUGUAUGGAAUUAAUGCCCACGUCCGUCAACAAGAGGCGAAAACAAACAUAAAAGAGCUGAACAAAGCACCAACAAAGGUCCACGGAGUCACAGGGGAUAGGUUCUGGGAGGCGAUCUCCAAGAAUAUGGCCUGCUUGGAGAGCGAGGAAUCCAUGCGGGAAAAGUGCCGGGAUUUUGCAACCCUUUUAUCCAUUGACGAUGAGCUGAAGGUUGCUGGUGACGAUGACCUGGACCGAGACAGCCCUGAUGAUGGCGCAGAAGGAGAUGAGGUAGGGUCCACCACUUUGGGCGCCAACGGAAACAAACCUAUGAAGCGGAAGAAUUCGCUUUCUGGCGGGCAGCCACCCAAACGCCCCAAGGGCAAAGGCAGAAAUAGCGGCGGCAAGAAACGAACUAGUUCUGAACCCGACGAUCUGCUAGGUGCCGAUUGA